UGUGUGCUCGGAUGGGUUUCUGCUUGCUGGCAUUACUUUCUCUGUCAUUUUCCUGUGAUUCCCUACGCAUCUUGGGUUUGUUUCCUCAUCCAGCCAUCAGCCACUUCAAGUUCUUUCACCCAAUUAUGCGGGGACUUGCUGAGGCUGGCCACAGUGUGGAUGUCAUCAGUCCCUUUGAAGACAAGGAGCCACCAAAGGGAUAUAAGGACUAUUUGCUGCCCCCCUCUAAUUUGACGGAAUCUAUUCACUUGGAGGACUUUGAACGACCUUACAGCUAUUUGUUCCACUACUUAGAGUUCUUUGUCCUGUAUAACAUGGGAAAAGAAGAUUGCAACACCACCCUGUAUAGCGAAGCCCUAUCAGAAAUCCUGAAACAUCCUGCUGGUUACUAUGAUGUGGUUCUGCUGGAGCAAUUUAAUUCUGAUUGUGCUAUGAGUGUGGCCCAUGUGCUCCAAGCUCCGGUUAUUGGAAUGAGCAGUUGUGCCCUGAUGCCGUGGCAUUACGAGAGGUUCGGUGCUCCUCUGAUCCCAUCAUAUAUAUCAGCACUUUUCCAGGGACAAUCGCAGGAUAUGUCCUUUUCGGGACGAUUGGCUAACUGGAUUACUGUUCACUCUCUCAAUUUACUGUACAAAAUGUUUUCUGUGCCUGCCGGAAACGCUUUAAUCCGCCAGAGAUUUGGACCUGGUUUGCCAUCCACUGAAGAUAUGGUUAAAAAUACUUCUUUGAUGCUGGUCAACCAACACUUUUCGCUGAGUGGUCCUAAGCCUCUACCGCCGAAUAUCAUUGAAGUCGGUGGAGUUCAUAUCAGGCCACCGAAACCUCUACCCGAAGAUCUCCAGCAAAUACUGGAUAAUGCAUCCAAAGGAGUCAUCCUCAUCAGCUGGGGCUCUCAGCUAAAAGCAAGUUCCCUUCCCGCUGGCCGGCGAGAUGGCAUAGUUCGUGCCCUUGGAAGGUUGGAGCAGGAGGUGAUCUGGAAGUUUGAAAACGACACCCUGCCAAAUAAACCAGCAAAUGUGCACAUCAGAAAGUGGAUUCCUCAGCGUGAUAUCCUAGCACAUCCCAAUCUAAGGGUAUUUUUCUCUCACGGUGGACUGAUGGGUACCACCGAGGCGGUAUCAAGUGCUGUGCCCAUUGUGGGCGUUCCAAUUUAUGGCGAUCAGUCACUCAAUGUUGCUGCAUUGGUUCAGCGAGGAAUGGCUCUGCAGUUACAGUUUAAGAAAAUGGAUGAAAAUACGGUAUAUGAAGCUUUAACCAAGGCAUUGGAUCCUUCUUUUAAAUCUAGAGCUAAGGAGGUGGCCGCAGCUUACAACAAUCGCAUCCAGGAUCCCUUGGAGACGGCCGUCUGGUGGGUUGAACAUGUAGCGGAGACGAAAGGAGCUCCUUUGACCCAACCAUGUGCAGUGCGUCUGCCCCGCUUUGUUUAUUACUCCUUGGAUGUUUACUUCGUAGUCAUCAUUAGCCUGCUACUUCCUGUAGUCGCUUGCGUGGGAUUAAUCCGACUGUUUAGAAGAGGAAAGCUUAACGAUGACAAAAAGCUAAAACGCAAAUAAAAAUCAUUU